UACGUGUUCUACUGUCAAAAUGCCCGAAGAAGCUUCAAAGAUUGAACGGUCCCGUUGCUUUUUUGAUGUAUCAAUUGGCGGAUUACAAUCCGGAAGGAUAAUAUUUGAGUUGUAUUCUGAUGUAGUACCACGUACAUGUGAAAACUUCCGAUCCUUAUGUACGGGUGAAAAGGGUAUUGGAGAAACGACAAAUAAACCUUUACAUUAUACUGAUGUAAUUUUUCAUCGGGUAGUUAAAGACUUUAUUAUUCAAGGUGGAGAUUUUUCAAAUGGUAACGGUACAGGCGGUGAAAGUAUAUAUGGCAGUACGUUUGACGAUGAGAACUUUGAAUUUAAACAUGAGCAACCUUUUUUACUUUCUAUGGCAAAUCGAGGGAAAAAUACUAAUGGUUCUCAGUUUUUCAUUACAACUCAACCGGCCCCGCAUCUGGACAAUGUGCACGUGGUAUUUGGACGUGUGGUAGGAGGAGUGGAUGUGGUUCGACAGAUUGAAGCAUUACCUGUAGAUUCCAACAGUCGACCUUUGCAGGAUGCAAAAAUUACUAGGUGUGGGGAGUUGGUUCGGCAAGUAAAAGCAAAAAAAGAGAAAAAGAAAAGAAAAGGUAGUGAAGAGGAUGAGGAUGCCAAAGAAGAGUCAGAUGUGGAAAAGAAAAAGAAAAAAGGAAAGAAAGAUAAGAAAAAAGAAAAAAAACAUAAGAAAAGUAAGAACGGUGUAUCCGAAGAAGAGGGAGAGUUAAAAGAAGAUGAGGUUCAUCCCUUGGUAACGGUUACUAAUAUAAACCCAGAAGAAAUUCCUGAUAUACCAGUAAAUAAAUUUCUGAUGCGUGGAGGUUCACAAAAAGAGAAACAAAGAGAUGUAAAACGUAGAGAUGAUCGAAGGGACAGGGAUCGAAUAACUAGGGAUCGUAGAGACUGGGAUCGGAGAGGCUAUCGUCGUGAGAGACAUCCAGCAACUACUAAAAGCGGACGAGUAAUUAAAGGAAGAGGCGUUUUUAGAUAUCGCACACCUUCUAGAAGUAGAUCACGCAGUGCAACGCCGGUUCAUUGGAAAAAGGAGGAAUCGAGAGUUAUUAAACUUUCACAGUACGAAAAGGCGGAGGCCGAGCGUAAACAGAAAGAAGAUGAUAGGAAAUGGAACGAAGAUCGCCGUUCUGAAAAAAACAAGGAUAAAGAAGAAAAGUUGGAUAACAGCAAUAGUCAUACUAACACAGAAGUUGAUUAUAAUGCGUUAGAUUACGAACAAGAAAACCACUCCGAUGAUGAACGAGUAUUGCCAAAGAAACAAGUGCCUAGUUUGAUACAAUAUCCCUUACCUGGCAGCUUUAAAGCAUCUGAAAAUUCUGAAGACGUAAUGAAGAUUCGAAACAAUGAUUCGGAAAUGAAAACUGUCGAAGAUAACGAAAUACAAAGUUUAGUUCAAAAUAAACGUUCGGAAGUUCUAGCUAUAGCGUUAGGGGUUCCAAUUAAGACGGGAGAGGAUCCACCAACUGGUGAAAUUAAAAUCAGUGGCUACGAAAAGAAGAACUUAAAAAAAGAUGAGCCAAAUGAUAACAUCAUCCCCAAUAAUGAUAGAGAAAGAAUUCAAAAGCGAGAAGAGGAACUAAAUUCAAGAUUAAUGCAAAUGGCAGGUCACCUUCAAAAACCGCCAUCGCCAUCGCGAUCAGAAAUUAAUCAUCAACAUUCGGUUAAAGAAGAGAAGGAGAAUCGAGACGAUAACAAACGCAAUGUAAGAAACAAGUUUGAAAUAGAGAAACCUGGCAGAUCUCCAUAUCAAAGGUCAUAUAACGCUUCAAAUCGUCGCUACAGAAAUGAUCGAUUCCGAGGCUCGGACAGAAGAAGAUUUGAUUUUGAUCGUCGUUAUAACGAUUAUCCUAAAUCGUUUGAAGAUCGUGCACGAAGACGUCGAGAUUUAGAUCGAAACGAUCGUUACAAGAAAAGCAGAUCGUCAAGAAGAUCAAGAUCACGUGAUAAUCGUCGUUCACGUUCGCGUGAUCGGCGUUCCUCGCGCCCCUCGCCUACUUCGGAUAGAAGGAAUCGUAAAUCUUCCAAUUCGGAUAGUGAUGCCGACGCGAAAAAAGCCAAAGAUUCCGUUAUCGAAGAGGCGGGAUCCCAGACGAAACGACCUGAACUGGACGCCGAAAAAUUUAAAAGGAGAGCCGAACAAAUUUUGCUUUUGAAAAAGAAAAUGGAGUUGGAGCUGCUAGAAAUGAAAAAGAAAAAAGAGGACGAAGAUAAGGACAAAGAGAAGAUGUUGAUAGAAGAAAAACAACGCAAGGCUAAAGAGGAAGCACAAAUGCUGGAAAAAGCUAAGAAAGCUAAACGAGACGCAUUAGAGAAAGAGAAGUUGCUAAAAACUGUAAAGGUAUUACAAGAGUUAGACAAGAAACCCAAAAAAAGUCGCGCUCCCAGCUCCAGUAGUGACAGUAGCUCUUCGAGUGACAGCAGUUCAUCCGAUUCAUCCCCAAGAAAAUCUAAAAAUAUACAUGUGAAACGUAAAACAAAGCGUAGAUCUAGUUCAAGCAGCAGCAGUUCUAGUAGUGGAAAAUCGCGUAGUCAUACACCACCCAAAAAAGGACAAAAAGGAAGAAACUAAAGGAAUGCAUUUUUUUGUGUAGUAAUAAAUUAAAAUGGCUAAUUUUGUUUAAUAAAAGACCUAUUAUGAUUUAAAUUUC